CCACUGGAAAAAGAAAACCACUCUUCCAAGGCAUACUAUUUCUUCUUCUCCGAAAAACCUAUCCUUGUGACUCUUUUCUUUUGUCUUUCAACUUUCAAUCCGGAAAAACCAUGCUCCACCCUAACCAUAAACCUACGAUCAAAUUCCUCUGCAGUUACCGGGGUAAAAUCCUUCCACGUUAUCCUGACCGUAAACUCUAUUAUCAUGGUGGCGAAACCCGUGUACUCGUCGUUGAUCGCUCUAUUUCCUUCUCCGAGUUGUCGUUGAAGAUGGGGGAGAUGUGUGGAACAUCGGUGAGUUUACGUUGUCAGUUGCCAACAGAAGACUUGGACGCGCUGGUUUCGAUUACUUCCGAUGAAGAACUCGCCUACCUCAUCGAGGAAUACGAUCGGUUGGCAUCGCCUGCAUCCUUUUUAAAGAUACGAGCUUUCCUUGGGAUGCCAAAAUCAAUCACAAAAUCAAUUUCUCUAUCAUCCUCGUCCUUAUCGUUAUCAUCCACUUCAUCUUCAAAUUCAUCUUCAUCGUCAUCAACUCCCCGUUCUUCCUGCGGACGUCAUAUCCCCAGGACUCCCCCCGUCGCUUUCCCUCUUUGCUCCUCCAAGAAAUCAACCACAAACAAUAUUCCUUGCUAUGGUUAUCGUGUUCAUCAUGGCAACCAUAUUCAGAUUUACGUUAGAACUGGAAACACUGGCAAUUGCAAUAGCAGGAACGCAGCAUCAUAAACUGUUCACCUAUUUUGAAUUGGCGAAGACCAAUUAGAAGAUCAGUUUUAUCCAUUGAAGAAGAAGAACCAAAAAACGCUAAUCUUUCUGAUGUAUUUGAAACUGUAGAUAGUUUAAUGUCUGCUGUUGAUGGCCAGUAAUGAAUUUUUCACCAGUUUUGUUUUGGAUUGCAUCCCAAAAAACCCAAUUUUUAUUUAUUUAUGGGGAGUUGUUUUUUUUUCAUGUAAUGUUUAUUGUCUGGUUCAAUCAACCUCACAGUUUGCUUACAGCUUCCCCAAAUUUUUUUUUAGUUCAAUUCGUUCAAGUGCCAUUGAACAACAGCUUCAAGAUAUUGCAUGUCACGUUCCUUUCCCUUGUCCCACGCGUGUGAAACUUUAUUUUUUCCUGACUUC